UUCCUCUCCACCUUAUCUUUUCCUCCACCUUAUCUUUUCCUCCUCCUUAUAGUCUGGUAUUUCACACAUUCGAGUAACCCAAUCCGAAUUUUGCCAUAUCAUAUCCUAAACCCUAAUUCUUUAUCUCCCGACCUCCCAUGGAUGCCGAGCUUUCUGCCCCGGAAAUCGCCCCUCAGUCGCUCUCUACCUCUCCAGGUUCUUCUUCUUUAUCUUCUUCGAAUUUAGAUUCGAAUGAUGAUUCUAGUUUGAUAACUAGUUCUGUUAGCGAACAUGCUUUGAAAGCCGAUGAAAAUGGUAAAAUUGGUGAUAACGAGAAUGAUGUGGGGACAGCACCACAGAGGCCAUUUUUGGCUGACCCUUUUGUUAGCGAUGUUAGCGAUGCCCCUUUUGUUGGCUCUGAUGGUUCAAAUGAUAUUUGGAAAGACGACUCGCUUGAGGGUGGUGAUAAUGGUUUUGAGGAAUUUAGAGGCAAGGAUACGAUGGAGAAGCCUGAUAUUGGAAGUGUUGUUAACGGGGAUAAGGAGGACAAGGUGGAAAUGGGCUCCGUUAGUGAAACUAACCACUCUGUUUCAUCAAUGGAAAGCGGAGAGGAAGGUAGAAUUGGGAUGGUUAAGAACAAUUUGGUGACAGGUGAUGGAGCUAAGCUUGUCAAUCCUAUGAUUGCGGAAGGAGAUUAUAGGGUGGUUGAAGCUGAUGUUCCAAAGUUUUCCGGUGGAGAGGAGUUGGCUCUUGAUGCAACACCUUUAACUGGAGAUGCUUUGGGCAUUAAGACGCAUGAGAUCAAGGAGCCAGAGGUAGUUCCAGUUGCUGGGAAUGCGGGCUUGGACAGUGGUUUUAAUAAGCUUAGCCAUGAUAAGACAACCAAUGGAAUUGAAACUUCCGAGGUCUUGGCCCCUGAGAAGACUUCAGAAAUCGAUGCUGAGAGGAAAGCUGAUUCUGCUAGUGGGAGUCUGCUUGGUAAAGAUGAUUCUGGAACCGAGCUGAAUGACCUCAACAAGGAGGCUGGUAUAUAUAUGUUGGAACAAACAUCUCCUAAUAAAAUAUAUGGAGGGGGUAGAGAUGGAAUUCAGCCAGUGGAUCAUUCUCCUCAACCUACUGAAAUCAUGGCAGCUCAUGAAAUGGAGAAUUAUGAUAUUGAUUCUCAAAACAAAAUAUCGGUAACCAUGGCAGUAGAAGAAUCUCAUUCACCUAAGUCUGUGGAACAAACUACAGUUUCUGAAGAAGUUGGUUUUGAAGGUGAAAUGGAAGUGAAGCAUCGUCAGAGUGAAGGCCUCGCAAUUGGAGGCUCAGAAUCUGAUGAAGAGACUGAAAGUAUGUUCUUCGAGGAUGCCGAAGCUGCUAAGCAAUUCUUGGAAGAGCUAGAGAGAGGAUCUGCCAUUGCUUCUCACUCUGCUGAUACUUCUCUUGAUCAUUCUCAGGCAAAUGAUGGUCAGAUUGCCAUUGAUUCAGAUGAAGAAGGGGAUACUGAUGAAGAAGGAGAGGGGAAGGGGUUAUUUGAUUCUGCUGCUUUGGCUGCCCUCCUGAAAGCAGCAACUGGUGGUGGUUCUGAUGGCAGUAAUAUUACUAUAACCUCGCAAGAUGGCUCCAGGCUUUUCUCUGUUGAACGUCCUGCAGGUUUGGGAUCCUCACUGCAAAAUGCAAGAUCUGCAUCUCGACCAAACAGGCCCAACAUAUUUAGUCCUGCUGUAACAAGUCAGAGAGACUCCAACAACUUGAGUGAAGAAGAAAAAACAAAAUUGGAAAAGUUACAGCUUAUAAGAAUCAAAUUCUUAAGACUCGUUCAGAGGCUCAGGCUUUCAACAGAAGAUUCUAUAGCAGCACAAGUUCUUUAUAGGCUGGCACUUGUUGCGGGGAGGCAAACUAGUGAACUGUUUAGCAUUGAUUCUGCUAAGAGGAAAGCUCUGGAGCUUGAAACAGAGGGUAAAGAUGAUUUAAGCUUCUCCUUAAACAUACUUGUGCUUGGGAAGAUUGGCGUGGGCAAGAGCGCCACAAUAAAUUCAAUCUUUGGUGAGGUGAAGACCUCAAUUGAUGCAUUUGAACCUGCCACGGCAGUUGUGAAAGAGAUUACAGGAAUGGUAGACGGUGUUAAAUUGAGGAUCAUUGAUACCCCAGGUUUGAGAUCUUCAGCCAUGGAGCAAGGUUCCAAUCGCAAAAUCCUGGCUUCUAUACAACAAUUCAUAAAGAAGUGUCCCCCUGAUGUUGUUGUCUAUGUCGACCGGUUGGACAGCCAGACCCGGGAUCUUAAUGAUCUGCCAUUGUUAAGGUCAAUCACUAAUUCUCUUGGCUCCUCUAUCUGGAAAAAUGCCUUAAUUGCUUUGACUCAUGCUGCUUCUGCACCCCCUGACGGACCAUCUGGUUCCCCUUUGAGUUAUGAGGUGUUUGUUGCCCAACGUUCCCAUGUUGUUCAGCAGUCUGUUGCUCAGGCUGUUGGCGAUCUACGCAUGAUGAAUCCAAGUUUGAUGAACCCUGUUUGUCUUGUUGAAAAUCAUCCGUCAUGCCGAAAGAAUAGAGAUGGCCAGAAGGUUCUUCCUAAUGGUCAGACUUGGAGACCACAACUAUUGUUGUUAUGCUACUCUGUCAAAGUCUUAUCUGAAGCAAAUUCUCUCACCAAGCCUCAAGAUCCAUUUGACCAUCGGAAGCUCUUUGGUUUUCGUGUUCGAUCUCCUCCUCUUCCGUACUUGUUAUCUUGGCUGUUGCAGUCUCGUAGCCAUCCUAAACUCUCCACUGAUCAGGGUGGUGAGAAUGGUGACUCAGAUAUUGACAUGGUUGACUUUUCUGAUUCGGAUCAAGAAGAGGACGAGGAUGAGUAUAACCAACUCCCACCAUUCAAACCUCUAAGGAAAACGCAGUUUGGUAAGCUUACCAAGGAGCAAAGGAAGGCAUAUUUUGAGGAGUACGAUUACCGUGUGAAGCUCCUCCAGAAAAAGCAGUGGAGGGAGGAGUUGAGGAGAAUGAGAGAGAUGAAGAAAGGAAAGCCUGCAGUUGAUGAAUAUGGUAACAUGGUGGAAGAUGUUGAUCAGGAAAAUGGUGGCCCGGCUGCUGUACCAGUUCCAUUACCUGAUAUGGUCCUGCCACCUUCCUUUGAUGCUGAUAAUCCAGCGUACAGGUACCGGUUCUUGGAACCAACUAAUCAGUUCAUGGCGAGGCCAGUUUUGGACACACAUGGUUGGGACCAUGAUUGUGGCUAUGAUGGUGUUAAUGUUGAACAUAGUCUAGCAAUUGCCAGCCGAUUUCCUGCUGCAGUAUCUGUGCAACUCACCAAGGAUAAGAAAGAGUCUAACAUCCAUUUGGAUUCUUCGGUUUCUGCCAAGCAUGGUGAAAAUGGAUCAACCAUGGCUGGCUUUGACAUCCAAAAUGUUGGAAAGCAAUUAGCUUAUGUUGUAAGAGGCGAGACCAAAUUCAAAAAUCUCAAAAAGAACAAAACAGCUGCGGGAUUUUCUGUCACUUUUCUAGGUGAGAAUGUUGCAACUGGACUCAAACUCGAGGAUCAGAUUGUUGUUGGAAAGCGGCUUAUGUUAAUUGGUAGCACUGGGACUGUGAGGUCUAAAGGUGAUGCAGCAUAUGGUGCCAAUCUAGAAAUGCGGCUCCGAGACGCUGAUUUUCCAAUUGGCCAGGAUCAAUCCUCUUUGGGUUUGUCUUUAGUCAAAUGGAGAGGGGACUUGGCAUUGGGUGCCAAUUUUCAGUCUCAAUUCUCCAUGGGACGGAGCUCAAAAAUAGCAGUUCGUGCGGGACUGAACAACAAGAUGAGCGGACAGAUAACUAUUCGAACAAGCAGCUCGGAUCAACUUCAGGUUGCACUUGCUUGUAUUCUUCCUAUUGGCAUGGCAAUUUAUAAGAAGAUCAGACCUGGGGUUAGUGACAACUAUUCGAUGUAUUAGUUCAUUCGAUCAGAUUGUAUUUUGAGGCAUUGCUUAGUUUACUUGAAUAAUAUGCUUUAGAUUACUUUUGAGCAAUAAGUACUGGUUUGUUGGGAUAUUCAUUUUUAUUGUUUAAUAAAUGUUGUUUGGACAUGGUAAGUUAUUGUUUUUA